AUGGACUCUGAGAACGUCCCCGAGAGCACCCCCCAGCCCAUUCAAACGCCCGCCACCCCAAACAGGUCCCGCACCCACCAGCCAUCGUCCACCGGCACAGUCCGCCACGCACCCUCCUCCUACUUCUCCCUCCCCUACAGCUACUCCUCCCCAGCCGGCCCGUCCAACUGGAGGAACCGCAUCCAAGAUGGGGGCCAAUCUUUCCGCCAGAGAGGGGCGUUGGGCAGUCCUGCUUUGAGGGGCUCUCUUGCCGGCAGUGUCCGGUCGGGUGGCCGAGCGGACGACUUGGAUAAUUGGCAGUCGCUGCAUGAGAUGGUCACGGAGGAUGAUGACGAGGAUGAAGAACCGCUUUCGACUCUGCGUACCCCAGGGGGACGUAGUAUGCGCUCGUACUUUACUACGUCGUCCCCGCACACCGCUACCAGACCCGUCGCUGCCGCCAGCGAUAGACAAGACGAACAACUUAUAUCUAAUCAACUUUCUUCAUCACCUGGGACUCUUGAAGGUCGACUCCACUCCAACCCAUUUGACACUGCCAGCGGAGAACCGACUCCCAGAACAGAGGGAAUCACCUUUCUCCGGUCACCAACCCGUCUUGAGGAAGCGUCGGAACCUCUCUUGUCCGGGCAUGAUCCCAUGUCUGCUUCCAAAUUUUCCAUCAAGUCUACCAAGUCGGCAGCUCUGCCUCAAGUCACUUUCAAAGAAAAGUACUGGCCGCCGCCUAUAUGGGUCACCAACGUCCUCAAAUGCUCUCUAGCCUACCUGAUAGCUUCCCUAUUCACAUUCGUCCCUCAGCUAGCUGCGCUCCUGUCUACGACUUCAGAGACAGAUGCCCAUGGCCGAGUCACAGCCAAGCCGGCUUACUCUGCGCAUAUGGUCGCCACCAUCGUCGUCUACUUCAACCCAGCCAAAUCCCUAGGCAACAUGCUCCUCUCAACCCGCUACUGCUUCCUCCUCGCCAUCCUCUCCACCCUCAUCUCCCUCCUCGCCACACUUACAAUCCACAUCUUUGACCACUACUCCCCGUCACACGGGGAAUCUUGGGACUGGAUCAGCGAGGCGGGGGAUUGGGUGGUUUGUAUUCUGUGGAUCGGGGGGACGAUGGGGGCGUUGGCGUGGUCAAAGUUGUGGGUUGGGAAUCCGGCUUUCAAUUCUGGAUGUUCGAUGGCGGCUAUGAUCUUGUAUAACGUCGUCAUCAAAGAAGGCGCUUUCCCUAAACUCAUCGAAAUCCUCCUGAUCGUCUUCACCGGAGUGUGCAUCACAAACAUCAUCUGCUUUACGAUCUUUCCCGUCUCCGCCACCUCCAACCUCCAAUCAUCCAUCUCCAAAUCCCUUACAUCCUUCUCCACCCUCCUCGACCUCCUCACUUCCACCUUCCUCCUCGAACGCAGCACCACCCUCAAACCCACCAAAACCAACACCCGGCCCAAAUUGCAAGACGCCAUCAAAGCCCACUCUGCGGCGUUCAAGACGCUGGAGAAGGAUCUGGCGGAGGCGAAAUUUGAGAGGGUGUUGGAUGGACGGGUGAGGGGGAGAAAGUUGGAGCUUUAUGAUGCUGCGAUAGGCUCGCUGGGCAGAUUGGCGCAGCAUCUCAGCAGUCUCAGGAGUAGCACCAGGCUUCAAGAGGGGCUUAUAAGGGCUAGUCGGCAGGGGCAUAUCAAUCUUGACUUUGGGCAUGAGAGGGGUCAUUCAAAGAUCUCCAUGUCGGAUUUGAGGCGUGAUAUGGAUGGGGACGGGGAGGGGAGGGAGGUACCGGGGGGAGAGGAUAUAGCUGGGAGUGUGCAUCUGUUUAUGGUUUUUCGGGAGAUGGCUGGUGCGCAGAUGGACGCUUUGAACGACCAAUGCGAUAAAGCCCUCGAAGCAGUCCAAGCCCUCGCCCGCGUCGACCAAACACCCCAAAUCAACCUCUCCGCCAUCCGCGCCGACUUGACCAAGGCGUUGAAUGAUUUUAGUAGGUAUUCGUCGAAAGCGAUCAAGAGGAUCUAUGCGGGGCCUAGGAGGGAGAGGGAAGUUUGGGAAAAGUCUAGUUCGGAGAGCGAGGAGAGUACGGACUCUGGCGAGGGGGAGGAUCGGGGUUGUGGGAAGGAUGUAGGUGAGGACAAUGACGCUCGAGAGGGAGGGUGUGGGAAGGGAGAGAAGAAGAGGUUGCCGGUCGAGGGUCAGGAGCAUUUGGAUGAUGGUCCGAACGAGACGAUCUUUUGGAUCUAUUACUUCUUGUUUACAUUCGAAGAAUUUGCAAGGGAAAUGGUCUUUUUGGUGGAUACUAUGGAAGAGAUUGUCACGGCGGAUAGGGUGUCUGCUUGGGAUCACAUUACAUCCGUGAUUGCCAUGAAACGGGGAAGAAAGGAAGGACGCGGAAAGUAUCUAUACAAACAACUUCAAAACAUCGUCCCCAUAGACCCUUCCCGCCUCCAACCACCUCUCUACCCCAAAAACGGCCGUGACUCUGCAGGCCCCAUCGUCGUCCCGUCAAUGACAUCCCUCAGCUGGCUCGGGAAGGUCAAACAGAUGUUCUGGGCUGUGGGGGAGAGGUUGAGGCAGCCGGAUGCCAAGUAUGCUAUCAAAACUGGUAUGGGAGGAGCGAUGCUGGCUGCUCCGGCGUUUACUGAGUUUGGAAGACCGAUCUUUUUGAGGUAUAGAGGUGAAUGGGCGUUGAUCGCUUAUUUUGCGACUAUCAACCAGACCAUCGGUCAAACGAACUUUAUGUCCAUGGCCCGGAUUGCUGGUACGGCUGUCGGUGCUGGUGUCGCCGUCAUCUUUACCUUGCUCUUCCCUGACAACAACAUCGCCCUUGCUAUUCUUGGGUUCUUGUUCUCCGUCCCCUGCUUCUACGUCAUCACGCAGAUGCCAGACUAUAUGAAUGCCGGCCGCUUUGUCCUCCUGACCUACAACUUGACUUGUUUGUACACUUACAACACCCGUGACCGAGGAGAUACUCUGGUAGAGUCUGUGGCGUUCCGACGCGCUACAAGUGUCAUCGUUGGUGUGCUCUGGGCCGCUAUCGUCUCGAGGUAUUGGUGGCCUUUCACUGCUAGGCGAGAGCUUCGCGUCGGGCUCAGCGACUUUUGUCUCGAUCUCUCAUAUUUGUACUCGAAACUCGUCACGACGUACAGCAAAGGCGUCGACCAUGGGCCUAUCGACACUGAAGAUGCCGAUAUUCCGAGAGAUGAAGAAGAACCUCUUUUGCCUCCUGGGACUAUCGGACAUCCCCAUCUCAGCCCCGGUGUCCGACAGUUCAUGGCCAUGGAACUUCACCUUCAAAGUCAACUCGGCAGUCUGAAAAGUCUACUCGCCCAUACGAAGAACGAGCCUCGGCUCAAGGGGCCUUUUGCGUACGACUUUUACAAGGAGGUGUUGCUUAGUUGUGAGCGAAUGUUGGAUAGACUGCAUAGUAUGCGGUGUGUCACGACGAGGGAUGAGUGGGAUAAUGGAAUUCGAGACGCCUUCGUGGUACCCGUCAAUAAGGAGCGCCGUGAGAUGGCCGGCAAUGUCAUCCUCUAUUUCUACACACUCUCUGCUGGUUUCCGCCUCCGUACCCCCGUACCGCCAUACCUCCCACCAGCCGAACAUGCACGUCAACGCCUGGUGACCGCCAUCCGCUCGCUGGAUGUUGUGAAGAGGAGGAGUGUGCGAGGUGGAGGAAGACACCUGCUGUUCUUUGCCUAUGCGUUGGCAAUGCAAGAAGUGAUAGCGGAGUUGGAGGGUCUUGGGGCCAUGAUGCAAGAGGCUUUCGGGGUGAUUUCGCAUAGUUCGACCGAUGAUUUCGAGGAGCUGUUUGCGUAUACGCCCGAAGCUAUGCUCAAACGAAACAGAGAACUGACCAGUAACGACCAGCUGUAA